GGACUCAACAAUGAAUGGAGAAGCGAAGAGUACAAGAGAAGGGAUACAGUUGUGAUCUUAUAUAUAUACGCUGAGUUAUGGGAAUCAAGUGUCCUAAAAUGAAGACAUACUGUCGUAGAACAAAGAAUACACGACAUUUGCCACAAGAAUUGAUCAUUAAAAUCUUGUUAAGGUUGCCGGUGAAGUCUCUUGUUCGAUUCAAGUGUGUGUGUAAGUCAUGGCUCUCCCUGAUCUCUGAUUCACACUUUUCUCUCUCACAUUUUGAACAAACUGCCACACGCACAGAGAGACUUGUGUUCUUCGAGCCUUCAGCUCCCGAAGUCCGAUCCAUAGACGUCAACGCACCCCUUUAUGACGACUCUGCUUCUGCUGUAUUAAACCUCAACUUUUUGCCCCCAAAACCUUAUGAUGUCCGAAUCCGAGGUUCCUGCAGGGGUUUCGUACUUUUGGAGUGUUGUCAAAGUCUCUGGUUGUGGAAUCCAUCCACUGGGGUCCACAAACAACUAUCUUCCUCACCUACUAUGCCCAACAAGGAUCCCAUGCUUCUGACAUUUCUCUUCGGUUUUGGGUAUGAUUCUUCAACGGAUGACUACUUGGUUGUGAAAGUGUUGCGCAUGGCAUUCUCAUGUGUUAGUGGUAACCGUGUGGAAAUUUUGUCGCUAAGAGCUAAUGCUUGGAAAGAGAUUGAGGGUAUUCAUUUCUCGUAUUUGAACUGCUUUAAUGAUAUGAAAGUUGGGUUGCUCUUCAACGGUGCUCUUCAUUGGGUGGUUAGUCGUUAUGAUUUAGGAAAGAACGUUAUUGUUGUGUUUGAUUUAAGAAAAAGGAGUUUUUCAGAGAUACCUCUUCCACGUGAAUUUGAUUGGGACUUUAACACUUGUGAUUUGGUGGUACUUGGAAAAAUUCCCAGGCUAUGUGUUGUAGGGUGUUGCUCUCCAGCAGAAUUAUGGGUGAUGGAAGAAUACAAAGAUCCCUCAUCUUGGACUAAGACUAUUGUUGUGUCUGUUGAUGACAUUCCCACUAAGUACUUCUCUCCAAUUUGCUCUACAAAAUGUAAUGAUAUUGUUGGGAUAGAUGGGAGUACUGGAUUGGUAAAAUGCAGUGACAAGGGACAAGUGCAAGAGCAUAGAUAUUGGAGCAGUUCGUAUAGAUCCGAGGUGGCUGUCUAUAAAGAGACUCUGGUUACACUCCUGUCACAGAGGCGAUUCUGUUUCAGUCCAUAUACAUUGCAGGUGGCUGUGUAUACAGAGUCUCUACAUUCACUUCCCUAUGAAUGUUAGAAAUACAAAUGUGAGUCUAAAUCUCACAUUGAAUAGAAUUAAGAAAGUAGAGCAUUAUAUAAGGAUAAAGAUUCAUAAACUUAUUGUCUUAAGGUUUUGGGUUGAGAGUGGUAUCAAUUUCUUAUUUGGUUGGACUCAGGUCUUAUUGGUGUUGUAUCUCCCUAGUGAAACCUACCUAACAAGUCUGUAAACCUAACAGUGACAACCACCAUGGUGAACAAAAUUCUUCUGCUGUAAUAAAGCAUACAGUUCUUACGAAUUUAUGAACUCAGUUUUCUUGCUGUUUGUCCAUGAAUAAAGAAUCAGUUAUUAACAUG